GGCAGCAGCUCCGAUGGUAAAGCUCAGCUCUGCUCCUGUUUCUCUUCAGUGUCCUUGGCUCGUCAGAUUCAGCAGCAGGAGGAUGAAGGCGCAUCUUAUGGUGUUGCAGCAGGUGGCGCGGCGGACCCUCACCACCACCGCACGGAGGCAGGUGGAGAACCAGGUCCCACAGAAGCAAAAAUUGUUCCAGGCAGAUAAUGGGCUGCCAGUUCACUUGAAGGGUGGAGCAAGUGAUGCCGUCCUGUAUCGAGCCACCAUGGGCCUAACUGUUAUGGGAACCUUAUUUGUACUGUAUGAGCUGGGAAAGGCAGCACUUCCUCAGAAGAAGGAAUGAUUCCAAUCUCCUGGAUUUCUUUCUUCUGGAGUUCCAUGUCUAAUGUGUAUGGCAUAUAGGGAUGUAUUUUCAUGGAGUGUAUUUAUUCUUUUCAUAAUGGGACCAGUCUACUUGUGUGUAGUGGUGAACAAUAAAGUCUGCCUCCUUUGA